GUGACGCAGCCACGUCGGACGUUGGGAUAGCAGUCGGUGGAGGUCAGAGGAACUCCAAAAUGUCGGUUGCUUGUCUCACGUCCUUGAGCCGCUGUGGUGUUUUGGCGUCCCGCUCCCCUGCAGGAUUGGUGGCGGUGCGUUAUGCCCAAACAGCAGCGGCUCCAGCAGCUCAACCCAGAAUAAAGAAGUUUCAGAUAUACAGAUGGGACCCAGACACUCCGGGAGACAAACCCCGCAUGCAGACCUAUGACAUCGACCUUAACACUUGUGGCCCAAUGGUUCUUGAUGCCCUGAUCAAGAUAAAAAAUGAAAUGGACUCCACUCUGACCUUUCGCCGUUCCUGCAGAGAAGGUAUUUGUGGAUCCUGUGCAAUGAACAUUAAUGGAGGAAACACACUUGCAUGUCUCAACAAGAUCGACACCAACAUUAGCAAGCCGUCUAAGAUUUACCCUCUUCCACAUAUGUAUGUGGUCAAGGACCUGGUACCGGACAUGAGUAACUUCUAUGCACAGUACAAAUCUAUUGAGCCCUACCUGAAGAAGAAGGAUGACUCAAAGGAAGGGAAGGAGCAGUACCUGCAGACGGUGGAAGACAGACAGAAACUGGACGGGCUGUACGAAUGCAUCCUGUGUGCCUGCUGCAGUACGAGCUGCCCCAGCUACUGGUGGAACGGAGACAAAUACCUUGGGCCGGCUGUGCUGAUGCAGGCAUAUCGUUGGAUGAUCGACUCACGAGACGAAUUCACAGAGGAACGUCUGUCCAAGCUGCAGGAUCCUUUCUCCCUCUACCGAUGCCACACUAUCAUGAACUGCACCAAGACUUGUCCCAAGGGCCUGAACCCAGGAAAGGCGAUAGCUGAGAUCAAAAAGAUGAUGGCCACGUACAAGGAGAAGCAGGCAGCUGCUGUCUGAAGGGCCAGUGCACCAGUCAGCUCCACCACCACACCACGACUGCAGUCAACUGUAAUGGAAAUGUGUGUGUGGUUGAAGGACUUGAUGUUGCAUAUACGCACAUGUACAGUAUGAAUGCACAAGAGAGGGUGUCUGAGUCUUACGUGUACCAUAAAGAGGUAAUUGUCUUCAAUGCUACUGUAUCUAUGUUUGUGCAAUUGGGAGAUGCGAUGCUGCACAUUCAAGUUAAAAGGAGACGUUUUCUUUUAUGUAAACAUGUAGCUUGUUGCUUUUCCAGGUUAGUGGUUGCUUCGAAGACAUACAGUGUAUAUUUUCCUUCAUAUCUUCCAACAUACCAACAGCAGUCUCUGUUUUGAUUGAAAAUAAAUAGUGUAUCUGCCUCCA